AUGCUGAAACACGUCCAAAUUUCUCCACUUAGAAAUCGAUCAGAUUCAAUUUCGCUACGUUCAUCGACAUCAUUCUCGACAACUUCAUCAUGUGCAUCGUCAUUGUGUGGAAGUCCGGAACCGUCAGCUGAUUAUGAUUUAAAGACGACAUCAAGAUCAUCCAGCUUUUCAAGUCUUAAUGAGUCGGUGCCUCAAACGACGUUGAAAGUUUACACUGCGUGCCUGAGACUUGACAUUGAGUACAAGACUUUGGCUGUAUCUUGGGACUCGACUGCUAAACAAAUCGUUACUCAAGUUCUACGCAGAUGCAAAAUGCGACAUCGCGACCCUCGAUUAUUUUACUUGUCAAUGGAAGUGAGAAUUCGAAGAGCUGAUGCACGAACCAUGUUGACACUUGACGAUUCAGCUCGACCUGCAAUGCUCCAAGCUUGUCAUCCAGCUGGCGAGUCGAAGUUUCAUCUUCAAAUGAAAAGUGGUGGACUCAUUCGUGUACACACUUCGGCACUUCAACAAACAUCGCAAUAUAAAAGUCUUCUGAUAUCAGAACAAACAACUUCCGAUGAACUUUUGACUCUUCUGCUUUCUUGUUACAAUUCAACGGAACCAGUCGAAGAGUUCUCACUCUACGAAGUUUGUCCAGAUCAAGAAUAUCAACGUAAAUUGCAUCCCGACGAUCUGCCGUUGCGUGCUCAGAUCCAACGGAAUCAGAAAGGAGAAAAUUGUCAUUUUCUUGUUCGACGAAUCCGAAACUUGUCACGUCGGACAAUAAAGCUGGAAGAUACAGAAGCACUUACCAAAUUAAACUAUUCGAUGACUUUAAUACCAUCGACACCAACAGAAAUGUCACAAACUGUCACCGACAUCAAACCGUUAGAAUGUUUGACGGAAAACACCAAAACUUCUUCAUCUUCCACAUCAUCACCGUCGUCGUCGUCUUCAACGCCAUCAUCGAUUGCGGUCUUUAAAUCAAAAUUCUCCAAACUCGAAUCAUGUCUUUGUAAGUUGAGUUUACGUUGUGAUUAUAACGACGAUGUCGAUGUCAACGGAAAUGUCUUUUCACCACAAAAAUUCCAACGUAACUCAAGCCUGCCAAUCCAACAUUGCAUUCAUUGCAAACGAAAGUCAUCGAUUAUAUUGAAAGGCUUCCACGAACCACUCAAACAUAAUCCUUCUACUUCCGCCAAGAAAGAUGACAAAUCCUCGACUUCGUCAACUUACAAUCCUGUUUAUAACGUUCGUGAGAUUCGAAGUGUCGGAAAUUCAUUUUCAUCGCUAGGAAUUGAUAAAAAAUUGAUGGAGCUUGAUGCAAAAACUUUGUCUUCUUUGUCGUCAUCAUCAAGAAGACACAGCGUCGCUGUCGAUGAGAUUGUCAACGCUCACCCGUCGAAAGGAAUUGGAAAUUUUGUUUAUAUUUAA